AUGAUGCGAGGCCAAAGGAGCGCUAAGUUCGCAGAGUAUACUGCGACGUAUGCCAUCCUCAAACGCCUCGGGCUUCAUGAUACGGUGUUGAUUGAAAAGCGUGACGCAUCCGUGGGCUACGGUGUGUUCGUGAAGGAUUCUUGCGACGCAGGAACACCGUUGCUGGUGGUUCCCUCUCGUCGUGCGUGUGCAGCUACCACGCUGGAGCGUCUGGGGGCGAAUAUGCGGUUUCUGCAGUGCAUGGAGGCGUCGAGACUUGAGGCGCUGGACGGCGGCGUGGUGUCGCGGCUACUGGGCUGUGCAACAGUGCAGUGGGCCACACUGGCGUGGCGUCUCGCUAUUGAACACCAGCGCAGUGUCUCGCCUUGGUGGGGAUGGCUGAACGUACUGCCUGGCCCCGAGGCGUUCAAGACAAUGGAAGAGGAGUGCGAGCGUCUGUGUCGGCUUCACCACGCAGCGCUAUUGCCAUACUUGAUGGAUGCCCGAAGUGGCAUAGAACGAGAGGUGAAGGCUGUCUAUGAUAUGCUUUCUGAACGGAACGUAUCACCCUCCCCGACCUAUUUUCGUGGAGCAGUUAAUGUUGUCUUGUCGAGGGCCCAACAUUUGCCGGCGUGCUGGACCAACGCCAUUGAAGACCCCAUAGAGUUGGGUAUUCUGCCUUUUAUUGACCUUAUUAAUGGACACGAUGGUGUUGAGAGGAAGCGGAACGCUGCAGUGGAAGUGGCGUUUGCUGUAGAAGAAUUGCCUGCCUGGUAUCGUGCAUGGUUCAUCCAGGAGUCUGAGCCAAGGGGUAUUGACGGUGAAAAGGAACUCCAUCGUCUGUUGGAGGAGCACUUUUUUGCCUUGGUGGUCUUGGAGCGGGCACUCACCGCGUCUGAGGAGGUGAUACUGCAGUACGAAUUGCAGCCGUGGGCCACAGGAACUCUGGCGCCGGAGGAGGGACUGCUACUCGGGAGACUGUUGAGGUAUUUUUUUUAA